CUUUAUAACUUACAUUACAAAACGAUCGAGGGCAGGUUUUAAAUCGCGUAGCGGUGGAUGAUGGUGUGUCAGCAUCAUCCACCGGUUUAUCAGUCGCACUGCUCAAUGUGACACAACAGACUUUUUAGAUGAAAAGACUAAACUGUGUUUUUUUGUCUCAUGCUUUCCGCAGGAGGAAGUCACCCUCUCUGACCUCACAGCCCGUCUCUGAGGGGACGACCCCCGGACGCCCAGCUCGUUAUGGACACUUCCUCCAAUGUGUAGCUGCAGCGUUUGAGCGUUGUGGAGCAACUGGCUUGUGACCAGCAGACACCGCUUGAUGACAUGAAGCCCGCCAGCUAUCAAAGCACGCCAUCGCCGGUGAAAGUGGGACACUCCAGUUUGGCUUUAACAACUUCUAACGUCAUGUACUGUGACAAAUGCGGAUUUGCUACAACGGACCCUGCUGUUUUCAAGAAGCACAGGAUCGAGCACAUGGGGAUGAGGUUUUACUGUUUUUACUGCAACAACGUGUCGUUCAGCGAGGCCGAGCUGACGGCUCAUGUGAAGCUUCACACCGUAAAGUAUCAGUUCCAGUGUCCUCACUGCGGUCAGGGCUACAUGAGGAGGCUGUGCCUGGUCAAACACAUCGAGCGUCUGCACAGUAAGAGUCUUAGUCAAGGAGCUGCUAAACCUGGCACCACAAAGAGUCCACAUGCUCCGUUCUCCAGUGCCUUACCAGGUGUGCCCACUGCUGUGACAUCAUCCCUACGACCUGCUGUCAGGGUCACGGUGCCCAGACCGAGUGCACCUGCUGUCAGACCGGACGAGCAAAGGGGGAGAACUCUGGACCACAAGACAUCGAGUGUCAUGAACAGUAAGACAGAACUCCUCCCCCCUCUGAACGGACUCAUUCAGCAGAGCAGGGCUCUCACUGUGCCCCUCCCAGAGGAGGUCAACAUCCCUGCAGACUGUUUGGUGGAGCUUGUGGAGGUCAGGACUGUCAACGGGACCAAGGAGCUCAAGCUGAGGCUCGUCUCUCAGCAGGAGAACGAGUCUGUGAUAAAAGACACACGGACCACGGUCUCUGCAAACUCUGCACCCGGGAAGCCUUUAUCCUCUUCAUUUAAUCCUCCAAACACGGGGAAGUGCUCGGUCAACAGGAAGCCGUACGACAUGAAGGACGUGAACGUGGAGCCUCCUGCUGUGGUCAACGUUUACAACAAUCAGCAGAAUCACGUCAGCAAAGAAAAAAAUGGACUCAAGAGAGGAUCAGGAGAAAUAAUCGACCUGGAGCGUCACGCCGCCACGCCCAGGAAAGUUUCAAAAAUCUUCAGUUCUGUGAGGGAGGGAAACAGUGGGAUCAAAGUUAGUGCAGCUCCGCCCACUCUCACCUCCACCUGGACUCCUAACACGUUGCCUAGCAACCUGCAGACAGAGAACACGGGAGCCGGUGUUUCUCAGAGAGCAGAUCAGAGGACGAGUUCAGUUCAUCAGCAAUCCAAGAGCUGCCAACAACAACGGGGGACGAGGGACUUAAAGAGUGUUCCUGGAGACGUGCUGUCGGGUGUGAAGCUGGAACCUGGCGUCCGCCUCAACAACAUCACGGCCUCCAUCAUGAAGAAAGAGGCAGGGGGCUCCAACCAGCAGGAUUCAAAGUCUUCAUCUCCGUCCGUGUGCGCGUCCUCAGUUUCAGCUCUCAAACAGAAACCUCCGAUGAUUUCAGUUUGUACGGGAAAAGGUGCAAAUGAAUGUUUUUCAGGACUCAUGGCGAGUAAGGGGUCCUCGGUGGUCAAAACACCGGCGCUGUCUAACGGCACACAUCCAAAAGUCUCAACUUGGACACAGGAAGCCAGAUUAAAUAAUAAAAACAGAGAGAGGGCGGAGCCAGAAGCUGAGAGCUUUCCAGUCAUCUCAUCCGUGUUCUCGUUAAGUCAACAACCGGAGGACGUGCAAGGUGCCAUCCAGCCGCUGGUCAUGGCGGCUCUGCGCGGUAUAGUGAUGAACAACAGCUCGGGCGCCAUAACCCGAGAAAACAACGAGAUAACGACCAGCACAGACCUGGUGAAGGAGCUGCCGGCACUGGGCUGCUCUGCUCAGGUGCUCAAAAGAAACGUAUCGUUAAGCUGCGACGCUCGCCACACCACGGAGUCUGUAAAAGUCGAGCAGCUCGAUAAAGGGAUUGAAGCCCCUCCCCCCCUCAACCAUGUGGAUCCAAUUCAAGUCAAGGAGGAGGAAAGUGGCACCAAGCCGCCGGACGACCACAAACAGAGUCAAUCUCCUGAUGUGAAACCUCCAGCAGAUCAGAAGCCUGUUUCUAAAGUGAACGUAGAGGCGGAGCCUCCGCUGGCGAGGAACGAGCACGACGUCUACUCAAAGUUCCUCACCGUGUCUCUGCAGAGGGUUCAAGUUGGAGAGUGGAAAAAGAACAGGAAGGGACUGAAACUGCGAUUAUCUAAGUGUAAGACUCGGGGAGCUCCGGGCAGUCCGACUGACUGCUCAGUUAUUUAUCCGGUCCCUCUGAAGGAGGACCAGCCGGUGAAACGACCACGACCCAACCAGCCCGUGGUCGUGCUCAAUCAUCCCAGGCCCCGGGCUUCUUCAGCUCCGGCAGCCAGGGCGCACACUUUAUCAGACACAGGAGCCUCCACGGGGGCCCCGAAGUGCCAAAUCCUUAGAAUGAGACUGAGUAAAGUGAUGGGGCAGAAGUACGAGGUGAUGGGCUGCACGGUCGGCGUCUUCUCAUGAAUGUACGGACAGAGAACCACAAACAGGACUACACGAGGACUAGUAUUACAACGUGGACUUUAAAUACACUCAAUAUUAAGGCUGUUAUUUUCCUAAAGAAAUGGACGUCUGAGUAUCACUGACUUUAAAUGUUUGUUAUUUAUAUGGGACGCAGAGAGUUCAGGUGCAAUGCAGUUUGACUGUUUCAGAGAUGGUGGGCGGGGUUAGACCGCGGGCGUUAUGUAGUCGACCUGUCGGAGUACAACACCGCAUGCUGUUUACUCAAACAGGAUAACUAACAGUAUUUAUCUUUUCUUCAUAUGAGAUGAUUGGGUACAGCUCACAGAUCUAUCGGCGUGUUUGUUACAGUUGAGUGGAGGAAGUCAAGAGGGAGUAUUGUGAUCAGUUGAAGGUCUCUGUUCUGGCCUUGAGCGAUAUCAGAAGAAAACAUUCCUGUUGAAGGAUUUCUGCACUCUGUUGUAAUUAAUUAGAUCAACAGAAGAGUCCAAGGGAAGGAAUCUGACACAGAUAUCUCUAUCUGUCUAUCUGCAGAGAAAGAUAUAAGAUUUAUUAUGUUGAGUUAUCAAACACGUGUGGAAAAGAUUUAUAAUGAAGAUGAGAUGGUCACUCAGCAUGUACGUGACCGCUUCAGGAUGACGAUAGCUGGUGUUAGAGAGACGGCUCAGACAUUAUGUCAUCGUUCAUGAUCUGUGUGUCAGCAGUGUGGCGGUGUGCGUUCAGGUACAGAUUUACAUUGGGGUGAUAUUGCAUGAAGGUGAAAGGACACAUAGAGGUGUGUAGUGUACUACAGGGUGUGUUGAGUGCAGUGAAACCUCAGCGUCCCACGUCACUCUUUUUUACUCUGCUGACCUCUCCUGGUCAUGAACUCGACUGAUUGGACGUCACCAGCGGAACAAACGUCUCACUGCACCGCUCGCUACUUUAUGAUUCUGUGGGGCAACAGCUUAAGGAUGACAAAGUAUUUAAAGUAGAACUGUCAGCAUUAACGAGUUAAUCACAUUAAUCUCCUGUUUGUCCCUUCAGGCUCUCCGUAGAUACUCGUCCUCAGUGUCUCCCUGUAGUCUCAGUGCUGCAUCUUUGAAUGUCUCAUUUCACUUUAACAAACUCUCAGACAGUAAUAUCCACCUGAUGACAUCACACAUUGACCUGAUGACAUCACACAUUGACCUUAUGACAUCACACAUUGACCUUAUGACAUCACACAUUGACCUUAUGACAUCACACAUUGACCUUUGAUACUGUUCUUUUGAGCUGUUUGACGUCACUUUGGGAUCCCUAACCACUUCCUGUUUCUGUGCUUAUCUUCAUGUUCUAACCUUCCAUCUACAGGAAGCUCCUUACUUUAUUUCAAAAUAAAAGCACACAGUAAGUAAAGUACUCCCACCUUCAGACAGGACAAACCUUCAAAAUAAAAGCCUAACAAGUUUUGGACUUUCAAACAUGCGAUUAAAAUGUGAUUCGUCGUGAUUCACUUUUGAGAUUUAGGGAUUAAUCGUGAUUUAAAAAAAAUAAUCGUUUGACAGUCCUAAUUUAAAUAUGGACAGCUUGAUGGUGACCUCGCAUUCCUUCGCUCUUCGUAGUCUCCGGUAAACUUCGCGUUGAGGAUAAUCUAUGAUUUCUAUUUAUUAUUGUUUACCUCACUUUGUGUUUCCAUGACAUUUUAAUGUCUUAACUCCGCUGAUAUUAACUCCUCCGUGUGCCAAACAGUUUCCUCUCUGUGAGGUCACCUUUAACCUUUAUCCUGUUAGCGGGAGAAGCUAACGUUACAUACACAGCGACGCACUUUGGAUGGGUCGAAGAAGAAAGUGGUUUAAGAAUAACACGCUCGUCUGUGUCUCCUGUGCAGUUUAUAAUGUAAUCAUGAUGUAUAUGAUGAUGAUAGGACUUUUAUUGUGUAAAUACUUUCUGAUAUCAACGUGUUCAGGAGCAGCUGUUCUGACGCUGCAGACACUAAAGCUGCUGCCGUGUGCGCUCUGUUUAAAGGCGUGAGCGCCCGUCCUCCUCAGUGUCCCGCUUUGCCUCUCAUUCUUGUUUAACAAAUAUUCAUGUUACUGUUCAGAGUGUUUUUUUUAUUGUCUGUGUUGUAAUUCAUGUGCUCCGUGCUUUUAUAAAUCUAUUGUGCAACAAAACAUUUUUUUUAUUAAAACAAAGUAAACUGA